AUGUUUAAGGAGUUCGGUCAAACCUUGAUCCUAGAACGCACAGCUUGCCUGGGUAAGACCACUGUUCUACAGAGACUGGCUGAAGAAGGAUUUUCAGUUAUCGUUGGUGACUACGCGGAAGAUUGCAUACAGUACAACGUAUUUCGAGAUAAGAAUCUCGAUAAUGUACUGGAAUUAGCCUACAUGUUAUUUCAGUUUAGUAAACUGAAACCUAACACACUGCACGACAGAGGACCGUUGAGUUCUUUAGCAUAUAGGCUGGUUCACGACAUUCUGAAUCGUCGACAUUCACUACAGGAUUUCGAGGUCUUGUUUGCCCUGCUGCCUGCUCAAUUGUGGAACACAUUCCGUCAAUUAAACACUUUCAUGGUGGUUGAGCACGAUAUUAAGGGGGUCUUCGAAUUCCUAGCGGAUUACACUGAGGCUAAGGUCAUUGCCCACAAGCAAGGGGAAUCAAUGGAGGAAUGGAUUAACGCUUUAUGCGAGGAAAUCAGAAUAACCUUACGCAAUGAUCUAAGAGAGGAGGAAUAA